CGCCCUCCACCGCCACCCCCCCAACCCUCCCUCAUCCUCCUCGGCCGCUACAGGAGAGGAGAGAGGGAGAAGAGUGCGGCUGGACGUGAACGACAUGUCGACAGUCAGCCACUAAAGUGUUCCUUCGCUCGCUUCCUCGUUGCUUUUUUUGUUUUUUGUUUUCUCUGCCGGCGGACUGAGUGAGUAUUACCUGCAUCCGAACUGAGCCGAGCGACGCUGCGUGGAUCUAGUGUGUGUGUUGGGGGGGGAAAAGAGAGGCAGACAAUGAAGAAUUCAACUGGAUUGCGUUACUCUGCCAAGGAUUUCCAUACCUAGCCUGUGAUCCCAUGCAGACUGGGAGGGCCUGGGAGUGUUUUCAAGUGAGAUAAAGGCCCGAUGCCGCGCCGUAGCCCCAGGCUGCUGAGUUGAAAGGGGAGAAGCAGCAGGAUGCAGUGGGUCACUCUGGUGGUGGCCCUGGGGUGUGCGCGCCUGUCCCAGGCGUCGCACGGUCCCACCCCCACACCCACCUCCACACACACCCCUCUGGUGGACAACUCGGAGGAGGAAGUGGACGAGCCGUGCUUCGAGCCGUGCACGUGUGAGGUCAAAGAGGGUGUGCUGCACGUGCACUGCGACGGGCGGGGCUUCACCAACGCCAGCCAGGUGUCACAGUCAUGGAUCCGCCCUUUCAAACUCAACCUCCAGAGGAACUCUUUCAGACGUCUCUAUAGCAACGGGUUUCAGCACCUUGGCAACGCGGUGUCGAUGAACCUCGGCAACAAUGCACUCCAGGACAUCCGAGUGGGGGCCUUUAACGGGUUGGCCAAACUCAAGCGCCUGUACCUCCACGAGAACAAGCUGGAGGUCUUCAGAAACGACACGUUCGCUGGUUUAGAGGCCCUGGAAUACCUCCAGGCCGACUACAAUGUGAUCAAACGGAUCGACAGUGGCGCUCUGAGGUUUCUCUACAAGCUUCGGGUUCUCAUAUUGAAUGACAAUCUGAUCCCCGUCCUGCCCGCUCAUCUGUUCAGAUCUGUGUCUCUGACUCACUUGGACCUACGGGGAAAUCGUCUGAAGAGCCUAGCAAAAGACGGGACGCUGCAGUACAUCGGCCGCUCCCUGAUGGAGCUGCAGCUGGAGGAGAAUCCCUGGAACUGUAGCUGCGAGGCAGUGGAGCUACUGCAGUGGCUGGGUCAGAUCCCCUACACGGCUGUCGUCGGGGACGUUACCUGCGAAUACCCGUUUCAUCUUCACGGAAAGGACUUGAGGGAAAUCCCCCGCAAAGAGCUUUGUGCUGACCUGCCGGAUAAAGAGCAUCAGGGAGAGAGAGGCGCUCCAUCAGCGGGAUCCCAGCCCCAGCCUCUGCCCCCAAACUCUAAACACAACUCCCAUCCCGGGAGAGCCAGGCCGACAAGGCCAUCGUCUAUGGUGCAUGGCUCCCGACAGAACACUCUCACGUCCUCCACUUCGUCCCCCUACACUUCAGCGGAGCGUAAAGAGAGGGAGAAGCAGCUGAAGCCAACUAAAAGACCUCGAUCCUCCAGCCGAACGCCGCCCACCGCUCGCAGCUUGAUGCCCAACCAGAACCCCCCCGUGGCGGGCUACCAAACACGGCCGCCCAUACCUAUCAUCUGCCCCAUCCGUUGCACCUGCAAUCUGCACAUUGCCGACCUGGGCCAAACCCUCAACUGCAAAGAGAACAGUUUCCGCAACAUGUCCCAGCUCAUACCUCGGCCUCUCAAUGGCCGAAAGCUCUUCCUGGGAGGGAAUUUCAUCCAAAAGCUCGUCCGCUCCGACUUCUGGAACUUCUCCAGCCUUGACCUGAUUCACUUUGGGAACAACCGCGUCAGUUUCAUUCAGGAGGGAGCCUUCUCCAGCCUAGUGAACCUGAGGACCCUCCACCUGAAUGAGAACGAGCUGGAUAGGUUGAGCCCCCACAUGUUCCUGGGACUUCAAAACCUGAGGUUCCUUUACUUGGAGAACAACAAGAUCAGUGUGGUAGAUCCUGGGACCUUUGACUCCAUGCCGUCCCUUGAGUUGCUGUUUCUCAACUACAACGCUUUGCAGAGCCUCCCCGUCGGUGUAUUCUCUGGAGUCAAGCUGUCUCGUCUUAACCUGAGAAACAAUGUCUUCCAGCAUCUGCCUGUGGAGGGUGUGCUGGAACACCUCAGAGGACUGGUACAGGUGGACCUGCAGCAGAACCCAUGGGAGUGCAACUGUGAAGCGGCUCCGCUGAAGCGUUGGCUCGAGGGGCUCAGCACUAUGAUUCUUAUGGGGGAGGCGGUCUGCAAGUUGCCCGAAAAGACUAAAGGCGUGGCCCUGCGCUCCCUCUCCAUGGAGCUGCUCUGUCCUGAGCUGGAGCCCCAUGAGGGCCGUGAGCUGGAGGAGCAGAUGGCAAACUCCACAGAUGCAGGAGGAAAUGUAUCCAUGUACCCUACGCCUGGGCUGGGACCCCUCGCCCCUCCGUGGAUAGAUUCGAUCCCUCUGUCGGUGUUGGUGCUCAGCCUGCUGGUGUUGUUCGUCUCCGCUUUCUUCGCAGCCGCGGCACUAAUUGCCUACGCCCUGAGGGUUAGGGAAAAGCUGCCGUUCCGUCGCCAGGGAGAGGUAGACUUGGCCGGCAUACAGAUGGAGUGUGGAAUCUUCACAGAGCAGACGCACCACCACCACCACCUUCACCACAACCUGCCUGAAAAGCCUCCCUUACCUCUGGCCGAACACAACCACGUCUACGACACCAUCUUGCCCCGAGAGGCGGCAGCGAAAGAAGCCGACCCCGCCGCCACCUCACACAUGUGUAGCAACCCGAUGUUCAAAGACCAACAGGACGCGGAUGUGAACCUGCAGCAGCAGCAGGCGUUUGCGGCUUCGAAGGAGUGCAAGGGAGGAUACUGCCCUACGCCGGAGAAGGAGAAGGAGUGGACCCUGGAGGUGUCUUCAUCCCCCAUCAACACCAUCACAGGGGCAAUGGGAGCACUUGCUGGUCUCCAUGGGAAUGGCAUCCUGUGCCCCACGGUCAUCGACAGCCAGGGUCCCACUCCUAAAGUGGAGCUUGUGGACUGUCUCUUCCAACUCCCCACCCCCGAGUUCAGAGAUCUGCCCGACAGGUACGGGAGGCCCCCGCCCUGCUACCCCCGCACCCAGGACUCCAAACAGGAAGUGAGACCUGACCAAACAUUCGUGGUCACCACUGCCAGCUCCUCAGCCGGAGGUGGCCACGGCAGCCAGAGUGAGCAGGGAAAUGGAGAGCAGAGACCCAGACUGAGGACCAAACCAGACUACAUGGAAGUUCUGGACCGGUCCUAUCAGUUUUAGCACUCCUCCUUCUUUUAAUCCCUCUCCUCCCUCCUUCUUGCUACCAUUUUUUUCUUUUGUCUGCUCGUCAUCUCCCUUUCUGCUGAUGAAUCACCCAGUAACACUGACUCCUCCUGUACAGAGGUUGGUUUUCAGAGGAGCCUGUGGGGGAGUGGGACUACGCUACACGCUGUGUUUUAUUCCAGGACCUGAGGUCAGGUUUUGUAUUUUUCCCCACUACUGGCACAUAGGUUGGUAUUUGGCAAGGAUUAGCUGAACCAGGAUCUCUGCCUCUGGGCAAAACUUCAGCUGCAGAUACCGCUGCUUUUCAUUUUUCCUCCACAGUCCUACAAUGCGAUAAAAAGGCUCCGUUUUUCCACCAAGCGCCACAAUUAGCAGGCUACAGCACGGCUGUGGGCGUUAAUGUUCAUAAUAUCACUCUCAAAGGACCUGCGUGGAGGUGAAAAAAAAAAAACACAGCUCUUAACAACAUCAAAAACAAGAGUCAUGAACCUCGACAGCCCGAAGGCCUGGAACGAGCUGGGCAUGCACGUUGAGACAGAGGAGCGGCCGAGACAACCCAAGAAGAAGAAAAAUAACCGAAUAUAGCCAAGUGCCUUAGCAAUGAACAGCCAGCAGUAUGGUCAAUGCUUAUUUUUCUAUAAAUACAGAUCUAUUUAUCUAAACAAAGAGGUUUGACUACCAACGGACGGGACGCUGAUGGACAACUGAGACUAAUCGAGAACCUGAAGAGUAAUUGCAUUCCCUGGAUGAGCCAAAAAUAAUAACCUACCCAGUCAAUAUUGGAGUUGUUUGUAUGCAGUUCUGUUGAUUUUUCUUCAUCUCAUCCGGUCAAACUUAGUUUGCUUAUCUGGAUUUCUUUACAGGGCUAUGACGGGGACUAAUUCGGGAUUGUCUGGAUUGUCGCAGAGUGAGAUUCUGGAAAGAUUUUGGAAGUUCUUAUCAUUGUUACUAUCAUUUUAAUGGAAAACAAAACCAAGGAAGGCAGGACCACAGAAGAACACCGAGCCAAUGGAUGCAUUUUGGAUUUCUUUAUCUCUCAGACUUAGCCGGGCCACAAGGACCUCUGCUUCAUGUUUUAUUCCACUCGACAAAGGCACAGAGGUUAUUGUAUUCUUUUUCUUUAAAGUAUUUCUCAGAGGAAAUAUUGAAUGACAACAAAGACAAAGGACAAAAAAAAGCAGGUGUAGAGGCAUUUUUCUUUUCUGUUGUUAAAAAAAAAGACACUUCUAUCAACUACUGGUUAAUAUCUUUUAUGGAGAUACUUUUUAUGCUUUCAUCUCCAAACAAUAGUAGAGGCAGUUGUGAAUAUAUUUAUUCUUAGUUUUUGCGUGUUGAAGCUCUCCUGUAAGGGAUCAUGUUAUAUUAAUGUAUAGGAUGAUUCUGCAUAUGGUUCAGCCUUCUUACCGCCGACCCACGAAGUACAAUAAAGGGUGCUACAUUAAAAAAAAAAAAAAAGACGUUCCCUGGCAA